CACACAAUGGUGUUUUACGGAGAUACGGGGUAAUAGAAUUGGUUACUUGCGCGAAAAAUAACACCGAGGAAGUAAAAACGAGUAAAAUCAAAUUUAUCAAGCUCUUUGACUAUUUGUACCAACUUUUUUGGGGUUUUUUUAAAAAAAAAAUAAAAAUAAAUAAAAAUAGAUAAAAUGACAAAGCUAUGUUCUACUUUCUCCUCCAAAAAUAAAAGAGCUCUUUCCCAAAUUAAGGUCAAGAAGAACCGCAAUUCCCAAAUUGCAGCCAAAGUUUUAAGAAUUCCCAAAGUACCGUCCACGUCACCGGUUCAGGGGGAAGAAAUUUUAAAUCCGGUCUACAGCAAAACCGCUACCUGAAGUAGCGGUUUUUACUAAUAAACCGCUACUUCAGGUAGCGGUUUCUUUUUAAUAAACCGCUACUUCAAGUAGCGGUUUUUGUUUAAUAAACCGCUACUUCAAGUAGCGGUUUUCUAGCAGGUAUAAUUUCCCGAUUUCACUUUCCUCUUUCAUUUUCGUCUUCUCACCAAAAUCCCAUCCACGCCUUCCACCAAAAUCACACCUCCUUCAACGGAAGCCGGCGCAGCCAAGGAAUCCACCGACGCCGCCGGAGCAUUCCUCAGCAACGAAGGCCGCCGCUGUUGACGCCGAGGGUUCGACUUUAGUGGUCGGCUUCGCUAAUUUCAGAAGAAACGUGCUGAUCUUCUUGUUUGUGAAUGAAACAUGGAGGUUCCGAACUACCCUCUAUAUUGCUAUUGGGGUGGAGAAAUUGUCCACAAAGAUAGCGAUAUAACGUAUAGGGGUGGGAAUCAAAAAUUUGUGUUUGUACAUUCUGCGAUGACAUAUUCACAAGUUCUGAACAAGCUAUAUGAAGAAUUGAGUGUUGAUCCUAGAGGUGUGGAGUUGAAGGUGGUUAUGCGUUAUCCUAUGGCUGGGGCAUAUGUUGCAAUUCCGUUAAAUGACGACAACGCUGUUAGAGCUAUGUGGAUUGCUGUGACUCAGAGUUCUUCUGUUGCAAUGCAAUUGUUCAUUGAACAAGUUCCAAAGGAGCCAGUUGUGCAAACUAACACUGGUUCCUUUCCGGGGAUGGAUUUUUUUGGUAGUGUGGAUCAACCGUUUUCCACUGGUGUUCAAAGUGUGGGCAUAGGGUCAUUCACAAGAAUGCUUGUUGAUCCACAUUAUGUCAAUGACCAUCUCUCACAGUUUAGGUCUCCGGCCUCAUCGCCUAAUGUUGGAACCUCGACAAGCACACAACCACAAGGCAUUCUUGAUUCUCUUGACCCAAACAAUGUUGAUGUAUUUGGCGAUGCAGAGAUGAAUGACACUGAUGAAGAUGAUGAUGAAGAGGUAAUUGAAGCUCGUGAUAAGGCAAUUAAAGGAAGCGCCCCCACUUCAGACUUCAAUGAAGUGGCGCAAGUUGAUCCUCGUUUGAAUAACUCAUGGAUGUCUUGGUUAGGAAAUGAGACAUAUAACAAUGGGGGGGAAUUUGAGGUUGGUCAGCAGUUUGACUCAUUGCAACAACUGAAAGAUGAUGUGAAAUCUUACUCCAUAGCUAGAAAUCAAACAAUUCGAGUUGUGGAGGCAGAGCUAGAGAAAUAUGUUGUUGAGUGCAAGAGGAAAGAACAAUGUAGUUGUUCGUGGAGGCUUAGAGGAGUGAAAGAUCCAACACUCUCUACGUUUAAAAUUGUGAGGUACAACGGCCCUCAUGCAAGUAACUGUGUUGGUGACAUCGACUCGGGAGAUCAUAAGCUACUGACUUCCGAGUUCGUUUGCAAUGCUCUUCUAGAUGUCAUUCGCGUUGAUCCUUCAUUGAAAAUCAAGACAAUGGUGCAACUUGUGAAAGAGAAAUUUGAUGGAUUCCAAAUAACCUACAAGAGAGCAUGGCUAGCGAAACAAAAGGCAAUAAAACUCAUUUAUGGGGGUUGGGAGGGUUCAUAUGAACAGUUGCCUAAGUACAUGCAAGCUCUCAAGGAAUCAAAUCCUGGAACUGUUGUUGAGUGGAGGUUGUUAGAGUGUACGGUUCCUGGAACACAUGUUUUCCAACGAGUCUUUUGGGCAUUCAAGCCAUGUAUUGAUGGAUUCCGUCACUGCAGACCCCUUAUCACCAUUGAUGGCACUCAUUUAUAUGGCAAAUACAAAGGCACUCUACUCAUUGCUAUGGGAACGGAUGCCAAUUUUCAACUAUUCCCCCUUGCUUUUGCGGUUGUCGAAGGAGAGAACAAUGAUAGUUGGUCUUGGUUCAUGGCUUGUAUUCGUGCUCGAGUUACAGAUAGGAAAGGGCUAUGUGUGAUAUCUGACAGACAUGCUGGUAUUUUAGCAGCAAUGGAAGAAGUUGGAAGUGGUUGGGAGGAGCCCAAUGCCUACCACAAGUACUGUACACGACACUUGGCUUCUAAUGUGAACUCAAAAUUUAAAAGUGUCGUCAUAAAGAACCUCUUUGGCAAAGCAGCUACUGCAAGGCAGAAGAAGAAGUUUGAUUACUACAUCAACAAAAUUGGUGACUUGAAUGUAGAGGCCCGUAGGUACUUGAUGGAAAUUCCGUACAGUAAGUGGUCCAUUCAUCAUGAUGGUGGUUUCAGGUUUGGUGUGAAGACUACAAACAUGUCGGAAGUUUUCAACGGAGUCUUAAAGGGGGCUCGAUGUCUCCCGAUAACCGCUUUAGUGCAAAUGACCUUUUUCCGGGUUAACUCCUAUUUUGCAACUAGAAGAAGUUGGAGUAAAAGAAGACUUGAAGAGGGCCAUGAGUUAUCGGAAAAGGCUAAGAAGACAAUAGAAGCCAACAUGGAGAAAGCCGCGCACCAUGAGGUUGUUGCUUUUGACUAUGAUGCCAUCGGGUUGUAUCAGGUUAGGACCGGUCGUGGAAGAAGAAAAGCUGGUAAAGGUGGUAACUCCCACACUGUGAAUCUGUUGAGCAAGACAUGUACUUGUGAGAAAUUGAGAAUAUACAAGCUCCCAUGCUCUCAUGUACUAGCAGUUUGUCGUCAUAGAAGCCUAUCACAUGCAGACUUUGUGGAUUCUUUUUUCAUGACCGCCGAAUACAGGCGUUCAUACGCGAAGUGUUUCGCACCAGUUCCUGAUCCUUGCCACUGGUUAGCUUACAAUGGUCCUACUACUAUUGCCAACCCAGAUUUGAAAAGAGGCCCAGGCCGACGGUCCACUAGAAUUCGAAAUGAAAUGGAUGAGCGUCCCAAUCGUGAGAAGAAGGCAUGCAGUGUUUGUCGGCGACCUGGGCAUAACAAGAAGACAUGUCCUACUCUUAUUGGUGGAUUUGGAUCAUCUGGGUCCCAUGGAGCCGGUGAUUCGUCCAGGCCCAGUUGAUCCAUCUGUUCUACGCUUGCAGACUUCCCAUAGGAGCCACGAUGUUUGGAGUGGCGUAGCUGAUAGAGUUCUCUCAGUUAGGGAGCAUAUGGUCAGCGUGGGACGUGAGUGGAGGGUAGAUGGCGGAGUACUAGAGUACGUUAGGCUUGCUGGGUUUUACGGUGUACAUAGGAUUUUGGGAGGAGGGUUUUUGCUUGAUCGAUCUCUUCUUACGGCGUUGGUUGAGAGGUGGAGGCAGGAGACACAUACUUUCCACCUAGUGGUAGGUGAGGCCACCAUUACUUUACAGGAUGUCUCCGUCCUGUUAGGUCUGAGAGUGCACGACCCUCCUGUCAUUGGACCUCCAUUUGAGGGAUGACAUGACCUAGUUGAGGAGUUGCUGGGAGUUCGACCUGGCCAUGAUGAUAACGGUAAGCCGUUUCUGGAGGGAUCUACUUUGAAGUUGACGUGGCUCAGACGUCACUUCUCACAGAUGCCAGAGGGAGCUGAUGACUUGACAGUUCAGCGCCAUAGCCGUGCUUACAUUCUCACUCUCAUGGGAUCUAUUCUGUUCGCCGACAAGAGUGGCGAUGCUGUGUCACUCUACUACUUGCCGUUCCUUCGAGACUGGGGGACAGCUUCGACCUACAGCUGGGGGAGUGCGACUCUUGGUUUUUUGUAUCGGCAGCUAUGUCGAGGAUGUCAGCGAGAUUCAAGACAGAUUGGAGGCCCGCUCAUCCUACUACAGUUGUGGUCGUGGGAGCAUAUUACUAUUGGCCGACCAUACAUUAGGAGGCCUCGAGAUCCGCCACAGGAGGACCCUGAGGCUGAGGAUGAGGAUGACAUUUUGGGGACUCAGCAUCAGCGAGGUGUUGACCCUUUGGCGUGCAGGUGGUUACGUGUCCAUCUAUCGUGUGCGCAUACUGCUUCUGGACUACCAUACUACAGAGAUGCGUUUGACCAUCAGCGCGAGGACCAGAUGAUUUGGCAGCCAUAUACUGAGGCGGUGAUGGAUCGACUUCCGGAGAUUUGUCGCUCAGACAUGCACAUUUGGCGUUCACGGGCACCUCUGAUAUGCUUUGACGUCGUUGAGUUCCACCUCCCAGACCGAGUCCUUCGUCAGUUCGGGUUAGACCAGCCGAUCCCACAGGAUGUAGACACGGACGUUGCUCUACACAGGAAGGAUCGAAGGGGACAGCGUAAUUGGGAGAUUCGGCAUUCGGACCAUGUACACGAGUGGAGUUGACGAGAGGCAUUAGUCGUCCAGGGAUACCCGUUCACUGGGACUUCUUCCCCAGCCAUGACAGAGUACAUGGCUUGGUACCGUCGCAUCACGAGACUGGUCAUUACUCCACCUUCGCAGGAGCGCCCCCCGAGUCAUUACCAGCCAGCUACCUCGGACCUCCUGCUUGCACAUGCAUUUGCUGAUUUGCACGUCCAGCUAUCGGGAGCUACUGAGACCAUCUCCCACUUGCCACCAGAGACGGCUAUACCAUUUGCCAUACAGACGAUGCAGGGUUUUACAUCAUUUUGUGGCCAAACCUUGUCUAGGGUGGGGCAGUCACACCUUAUUCAGCAGCCUCGACCGUCCACGUCUUCAUCUUCUACUGUGCACACUAUGCCGAUCAGACCACCACCUCAUCGUGGAGGCCAUUCAGCACGUGCCUUCCGUCCACCGACUCCUUCUCAGCAUACUAUCAUGACAUCUCCUCCACUAGUGCAUCGCCAGUAUCAGAGAAACCGACGGCGUAGCAACACUACGUCUGGGGUUGGAGUUGGCCUGGAUGACAUUCCAGAGGAGACAGCUGCAUCAUCUUCAUCGUCACCUCAUGGGAAGAAGCAACGCCCGAGCUAAGUGUAUAUUUUGGAACUAAACUAAUUUUUUUGUAAAUGCUUAGAAUUGGAUUUUGUUAUAUUUAAUCAAUUGAAAAAUAUUCGACUUUGCAA